AUGAGAUACACGGCACCUUUUGAGAUGAAAUUUAGCCCGAGAGGCGUUGAUGUGACUUUUGAGUGCCCCCUGUGCGACGGUCCCGUCACUAGGAUUUUCAGCACACCCCGCGCCGGGCCGAACGGUAGGGUGGAGAACCGCUGCUUUAUGUUCUGCGCUUCAAUUGGGUGGGAGGAGCAGAAGCUAUCACUGGACACGCUGAAGGGGCGGUGCAAGGCCAGGGCAGAGUGCACUUUCCAGUGCACCGCCAACACCAUGGCGGACCAUGUUUUCGACAUCUACUACAACGUGCUUGAUGGCCCAAAACCCCCGCGUGCGCGGCGCCACUCCAAUACCAGCGGCGGCAGUGCCGCCAGUGGCGGCAGCACUGCCAGCAGUGGCGGCAGCCGCGGAAGCACGGGGAGCGGCAGCCGCAAGCGCGCCCGAGACAAAGGAGGAGGACAUGGCGACAGGCACACAGCGCCGGCCGGUUCGGUCGGCGGCAGUGGGGCGGGCGGUGGGCCUGCCCCCGUUGCCCCCGCGUGUAUGCACUCGGCGGUGGCGGUGGCGGGUAUUGGCGCGGCGAUGUCGGGCAUUGCAGCGGUGGGCCUGACCGAGGCCGGGAUGUUGCUGGAUGAUGAUGGUGAUGAUGAUUACUGUGUGAUUGUGGAGUAGCGAUGUGGAUAGUUUGGAGCUGCGUUAGGACUUUAGCUCCAUUGCGCGCAUGCAGGAACCCGUUAGGUGUGCCUUUGUUAGCCGACUGGACUUUGGUGAUGGUUACUCUGCGAGGUGCGGUUGACGACCUCGGGCCACUAUAGGCUCGCGCAGCCCACCAGGGCGCGAGGUACGUUGGGUGAUGCAAGUAGACUUGACUCAGUUCGAACGAUGCGCCACGAGUUUCUUCAUUCAAGUUAACGAACACAUUCCAUUUAAAUCAAUGAGUUC